GCUUAAUGUUUCUAGCGUUGAAGUGAAAUAAAGAGAGCUUUUUGAGAUGAACAAAGGAAGCAAAAUUUUAACUCUUUUUCUGGUCUCUUUGCUGGUGUCUUCUUCUGUGGUUCCAUUAGAGGCAAGGAAGCAUCAUCACAACAAGAAGAGCAAGCAUCAGAAGCAAAGGGGUGGUGGUAAAGGCAGUGGUUCAAGCCCUGCACCAGCUCCACUUCCUGAUUAUAAUCAAACCCAGUCCACCAUUUUUAAUAUCUUGUCUUUUGGAGCAAAGGGAAAUGGUGUUUUUGAUGAUUCCAAGGCACUUAUAGCAGCAUGGACAGCUGCAUGCAAGAUUCCUGGAGCUACAUUACAAAUACCUCCGGAUUAUAAGUUUCUUAUCAAACCCAUAACUCUGAAUGGUCCUUGUAUGCCUCAGCUUGUUCUUCAGAUUGAUGGAGAUGUAUUGGCGCCGCCAAAAGUGAGUUCUUGGUCCAAAUCUAGCUUGUUUCAAUGGCUGAAUUUCAAAUGGCUGCAUAAUUUUACUAUUGGUGGCUCUGGGACUGUGGAUGGUCAGGGAUUUAAUUGGUGGACUGUCUCUACGCUUUAUAAUAACAAGAAGAAAGGGAAGCAUGUUCCUGACAUGAAGCCUACUGCUUUAAGAUUUUAUUCCAGUUACAAUGUGACAGUUCGUGACAUCACCAUAAUAAACAGUCCACAGUGCCAUCUGAAAUUCGACAACUCGGGCAACGUCAAAGUCGACAAUAUCACGAUUUCUUCGCCUGAGAGCAGCCCCAACACCGAUGGAAUUCACUUACAAAACACACAAGAUGUCGAAAUUCAACACUCGAACAUUGGCUGUGGAGAUGACUGUGUUUCCAUUCAGACUGGCUGCUCCAACAUCCAUAUUCAUCAUAUCAAUUGUGGCCCUGGACAUGGCAUAAGCUUAGGCGGACUUGGUAAAGAUAAAAGCGUUGCAUGUGUCUCCAAUAUUGUUGUUGAAAACAUCUCCAUUCAAAACACUCUUUCAGGCGUGAGGAUCAAGACCUGGCAGGGAGGAGUUGGUUCAGUGAAAAACGUGUCAUUCUCCAACAUCCAAGUUUCUGAUGUAAAGGUACCCAUUAUGAUAGACCAAUACUACUGCGACAAGUACAGAUGCAAGAACCAAACAGGAGCAGUGGCAAUUUCAGGCAUAAAAUACGAUCAAAUCAUAGGAAGUUACACAGUGCAGCCUAUUCACUUAGCUUGCAGCAGCCAAAUCCCAUGCAUAGACGUUGAUCUUAUAGGUAUCCAGCUGAACCCAUCUUCAGGAUCCAGAGGCUUUCAGAGCGCUCUGUGCUGGAACUCUUAUGGCAAAUCUCAGGCGCCGCUUGUUCCUUCAAGCAUAGACUAUUGCUUGAGAAGGGGCAGUGGCGCUGUAAGGAGAAUUGCUAGGUCCCAUGAUCAUGCCUGCUACUAAAUCUGUUCCUGUUCAUGUUUUCCAGCUUCCCUUCUGCAGAAUUUUUUGGAAAAUGUAGGAAGGUGAUGAUUGUAGUAGCGUUUAUGAUUGUUGGGUUUGGCGUUGAGAUAUUGUAAUCUGAAAUCAUGUCUGAAUCUAUUAGUAUUCCAUUUCCCAA